GGGGGAUUCCCCCCCUGCUUUUCCCCCUUUCGCGCUCUCGCUCGUGUUCCGCGGGAGAACCCGCGGAGCCAGGGAGGGAGCGAGGGAAGGGGUGGAGGUGGCGGGGGGAGGCCGGAGGGGCGGAUCCUGCCUGGGGGCUGAUCCCUCCCUCCCCUCGGCUGGGCUCCGUGGCGGCGGCGGCGGCGGCGCCUCCAUUCCCCCUCCUCCCCCGGGAGCGGCGGCGGUGGCCGGGCCGGGGCCCCAGCGCUGGCCGGGAAGGGCUACGGCGGUGACCGCGGAGGCCAGCGCGGGAGGAGGCCGCUUUCGGAUCCCCGGGCCGCACCGACCUGCUCGACGGCCGGCCCGUCCGCGCUCUGGGGCCCCGAACGGUGGGGCCGGGCCGGCGGCUGAGGUCUGUUUUUUUUGGAUCUGAGGUGCCAUGAGGAAGCCGCGCCAGAAAUCGCGGCAGAAUGCCGAGGGCCAGCGUUCCCCAUCCCCUUACAGUCUGAAGUGUUCACCCACACGGGAGACCCUGACAUAUGCCCAGGCCCAACGGAUUGUUGAGGUGGACAUUGAUGGACGCCUACAUCGUAUCAGCAUCUAUGACCCACUGAAGAUCAUCACAGAGGAUGAGCUGACUGCACAGGAUAUCACCGAGUGCAACAGUAAUAAGGAAAAUAGUGAGCAGCCUCAGUUCCCUGGCAAGUCUAAAAAGCCCUCAUCCAAGGGCAAGAAGAGGGAGUCUUGCUCCAAGCAUGCAUCUGGAACUUCCUUCCAUCUCCCACUGCCCAGCUUCCGCAUGGUGGACCCAGGUAACCAGCCAGAAGCACCCCCGUUACCUGCUGCCUACUACCGCUACAUUGAGAAGCCACCUGAAGACCUGGAUGCAGAGGUAGAGUAUGACAUGGAUGAGGAGGACCUUGCCUGGCUGGACAUGGUGAAUGAGAAGCGGCGAGUAGAUGGGCACAGUUUGGUGUCGGCAGAUACAUUUGAGCUACUGGUGGAUCGACUUGAGAAGGAGUCAUACUUGGAGAGUCGCAGCAGUGGGGCCCAGCAGUCACUCAUUGAUGAAGAUGCCUUCUGUUGCGUUUGCUUAGAUGAUGAAUGCCACAACAGCAAUGUCAUUCUCUUCUGUGACAUCUGUAACCUGGCCGUACACCAGGAAUGCUAUGGUGUUCCCUACAUCCCUGAGGGUCAGUGGUUAUGCCGCUGCUGCCUGCAGUCUCCCUCCCGGCCUGUGGAUUGCGUCCUCUGCCCUAACAAGGGUGGCGCCUUCAAGCAGACCAGUGAUGGGCACUGGGCCCACGUGGUGUGUGCCAUCUGGAUCCCUGAAGUCUGCUUUGCUAACACUGUAUUCCUCGAGCCCAUCGAGGGAAUCAACAACAUCCCACCAGCCCGCUGGAAACUCACCUGUUACAUCUGCAAGCAGAAGGGACUGGGUGCAGCCAUCCAGUGCCAUAAGGUAAAUUGCUACACAGCCUUCCAUGUAACCUGUGCACAGCGGGCUGGCCUCUUUAUGAAGAUUGAGCCCAUGCGUGAGACCAGCCUCAAUGGCACUACCUUCACAGUGCGUAAGACUGCCUACUGUGAUGCCCACUCACCACCUGGUGCUGUCACUGCUAGGAGGAAGGGUGACUCCCCUGGAAAGCUGAGUGAGGCUGGAGAGGAAGAAGGACUGAAAGAAAACUGUGGGGAGAAUGAAGAGAAGGAAGAGAUGGAGGAGGAGGAGGAGGGGGAUGAAGAUGAAGGCCAAGGUGGGGUGGGUGGAUGCCUUAAAGGAGUGCCCAAGAAGAACAAGAUGACUUUGAAGCAAAAGAUCAAGAAAGAGCCAGAAGAAGCAGGCCGAGACAUCUCCUCCACUGUCCCCGUGGUCACUGUCCCCCAAAUACCAUCCUACAGGUUGAACAAGAUCUGUAGUGGUCUCUCCUUUCAGAGGAAAAACCAGUUCAUGCAGCGACUUCACAACUAUUGGUUAUUGAAGCGGCAGGCAAGGAAUGGGGUCCCCCUCAUCAGACGCCUGCACUCCCACCUGCAGUCCCAAAGAAAUGCUGAUCAGCGAGAACAAGAUGAAAAGACAAGUGCAGUGAAAGAAGAACUAAAGUACUGGCAGAAGCUGCGACAUGACUUGGAGCGGGCUCGGUUGUUGAUUGAGCUAAUUCGGAAGAGAGAGAAGCUCAAGCGGGAGCAGGUUAAGGUCCAGCAGGCUGCCAUGGAGUUGGAGCUGAUGCCAUUCAAUGUUCUGCUGAGAACAACACUGGACUUACUGCAGGAGAAGGAUCCUGCACACAUCUUUGCUGAACCUGUCAACCUGAGUGAGGUUCCAGAUUACCUGGAAUUCAUAUCCAAGCCAAUGGAUUUUUCUACUAUGAGGCGGAAGCUGGAAUCCCACCUGUACCGCACCUUGGAGGAAUUUGAGGAGGACUUUAACCUUAUAGUUACCAACUGCAUGAAGUAUAAUGCUAAAGACACAAUUUUCCACCGAGCAGCUGUUCGCCUGCGAGACCUGGGAGGGGCCAUCCUGCGGCAUGCUCGGCGGCAGGCAGAGAACAUCGGCUAUGACCCUGAGAAGGGCACUCAUUUACCUGAUUCACCCAAAUUGGAGGACUUUUACCGCUUCUCCUGGGAAGACGUGGACAACAUCCUCAUUCCAGAGAAUCGAGCCCAUUUGUCCCCAGAGGUGCAGUUGAAGGAGCUGCUGGAGAAACUGGACCUGGUGAGUGCCAUGAGGUCCAGUGGGGCCCGGACCCGCCGUGUCCGCCUGCUGCGCCGGGAGAUCAAUGUCCUCAGGCAGAAGCUAGCACAGCCGCCACCACCACAACCACCAUCACUGAACAAGAUUGUGUCCAAUGGGGAACUGCCAGCUGGGCCCAGAGGGGAUGUGGCUGUGCUGGAGCAGGCCCCUCAGGAGGAGCCAGAAGAUGAUGGGGACAGAGAUGACUCCAGACUGCCUCCCCCACCAACCCUUGAGCCCACUGGACCUGCACCUUCCUUGUCUGAGCAAGAAUCCCCUCCGGAUCCCCCCACUCUGAAACCCAUCAAUGAUAGCAAACCUCCCAACCGAUUUCUGAAACCCAGAAAGUUGGAAGAAGAUGAGCUUUUGGAAAAUUCACCCCUCCAGUUAGGGAAUGAGCCCUUGCAAUGCCUACUCAGUGACAAUGGCAUCGAUAGACUAUCUCCCAUGGCCCCUGAUGCUUCUGAUAUUGCUGAUGCCCCACUCAGUGACGUGGGUCGCCGCACAUCAGUUCUCUUCAAGAAGGCCAAGAAUGGGGCUAAGCUGCCGAGGAGUCCGGAUAGGGCCCUGGAGAAUGGCAAGGACCAUGGUGCAGAGGAUUCUCCUGCCUCUCCCACUGGCAUUGAGGAUGAACGACAUCAUCGGAAGCGGCCAAGGAGCAGGAGCUGUAGUGAGAGUGAAGGGGAGAGGUCCCCGGAGCAGGCGGAAGAGACAGGUGUGACCAACGGCUUUGGGAAACACACUGAAAGCGGGUCUGACUCAGAAUGUAGUUUGGCUCUUAGUGGUGGACUGGCAUUUGAAGCUUGCAGUGGCCUGACACCCCCUAAGCGCAGUCGUGGGAAACCAGCUCUAUCUAGAGUGCCCUUUCUAGAAGGUGUGAAUGGAGACUCUGACUACAGUGGCUCAGGCAGAAGCCUCCUGAUGCCCUUUGAAGACCGCGGAGACCUGGAACCCCUGGAGCUGGUGUGGGCCAAGUGCCGAGGCUACCCCUCCUACCCUGCCUUGAUCAUCGACCCCAAGAUGCCCCGGGAAGGCCUCCUGCACAAUGGGGUCCCCAUCCCUGUCCCCCCACUGGAUGUGCUGAAGUUGGGAGAGCAGAGACAGGCCGAGGCUGGAGAGAAGCUCUUCCUUGUCCUCUUCUUUGACAACAAACGCACCUGGCAGUGGCUUCCAAGGGACAAAGUCCUACCCCUGGGUGUGGAAGACACCGUGGACAAACUCAAGAUGCUAGAAGGCCGAAAGACCAGCAUCCGCAAAUCCGUACAGGUGGCCUAUGAUCGAGCGAUGAUCCAUCUGAGCCGAGUUCGGGGCCCCCACUCCUUCGUCACCUCCAGUUACCUGUAAGGGUGGGGCUAGUCUGCGUCUGCCUGCCCUGCCUCUGUCCCAUGGGGCUCAGAGAAACAUCUUCCAGCCCCAAUCAGACAUACGGCUGGCCAGCAGCUUCCCCCUUUCCAUGGCAGACCAGGGACUGGGUCAUGUCCUCCCCAAGGAAAGGUCCCAGCUUUGACCAACUGUAUGGUUUCCCUGGUGGGCCUGCUGUGUGCCAAAAACUCCCAUCUGGGUUCCCUCAGGGUCUAGCUAGUCCAUUGGCAAACCAGUUAGAAAUAGAAACAGCUGUGAGAUUUGGGCCCCAUUGAGGAGAUAGAGCUGGUUCCAGAAGACAAGAGGCCCGGGGCUGCUUUCAUCCCACUCCCCCCUAAGUACACCUCAGGGUGAGCAAGAGAGGCUCCCACGCUGACCCCAGAGGUGCUGUAGAUAUAUGUGGUCCUUUGGAGAAUCUCACUGAGUUCAUCCUCUCUCUUCCCUCAACCAUCCAUUCUCACAUGUCAUCCCUGCUCCAUCUUUUGCAGCUCUGCACUGUCUCUCUUUUUCCCAUGUUCCUUCUCUUCCUCUUGUGCCAAACAGAAGUCACCAUCAAAUUAGUUCUUUCCUUUUCUCAUGUCUCAUUCUCUUUGAACUAUGCUAGGUAGGUGCCUCUGCCCUGCUCCUCGAGGCUCACAGCUGAGCCCAGCCUACCACUUGGGUGACCUCUCCACCAGCACAUGACCUCCUAUCCGCUCCCCAACUUUCCCAUCAGUCGUAGACACACUGCUGAAGCUAGACACCGAGAGCUGGUUCCCUUAUGUUGAAGUGGGGCGCUCCUCCCCCUGAUGGCCUGCUAAGAUGAAGGCCGAGGUGAGCAGUCUUCUCUUGGCAGGUCAGGCUGGCUGUGCACUUAACCAUCUAGUCACUUAAGAUGUUGAGGGUUGUUAGGGUCCAGUGUGUCUUUUAGCUGUGUCUGUCCCCUCACCCCCUCUUCUCCUGUUUGCGGGCUUUUCUUUUAUCUGUAGCUGCAGCCUCUAGUUUCACUCUCUGCCACCUUGGACCUUGUGAAGUCUGCAGCCCAGUACCUUCCUGUCCUGUGCCCUGGCCUGCUCCGCCUCUGCUACUCCCAGUUCCAGGGGACGCAGCACUUUAAUUCUGUCCUUCUGACCUCUUCUCUCUUUUCCUUCACCCAUUCUCAUCCCCACCCCCACCCCCACGCCCCAUCUUCUCUGAAAGGAAGGAAAACAAAACAAAACUGUGAAACAGGGAAUGCUGACUGACAAACUAACACAAAUUUCAGAGGCUUUUGUGUCUGUUCUCUGGAUGUUUCUUUUCACCUCUUAAGCACCAAAGUCAUAGGGCCAGGUUGCAGACCACUGACCGCCAUGUUGAUUUUUAGCCUGACCUUCUUUUUAAUUGUUUUAAAAUUUUCAUAGGGGAGUUUUGGACAAAAUAGUCACUGGGGAGAUCACUGCCAUUUUUACACUCAACUUUUUAAAUAUAACCAACCAACCACCACAACUUCUUGGGACAUGAGCCAGAGUUUUAAAGGGAACCAACAAAACUCUGUUAACAUAAAGGAUGGGGUUUUGGAUUUUGUACAAUAAUUAAAAACACAAUGCAGCUUAUGGCUAGGGAAGGACAUGGUGUAUAUACUUGUAAAAUACUGUUCUAAAUUAUUCAGGCCUAUAGUCCCCAUUACUGGAGUUGUCCAUUGUGUGGCUGAGUAUUUGAAAUGCACACAGUGUGGCUUAUUUAAAGGAGCCAGUGCGUCCCCCUCUUCCUAGGUAGUUGGUCGACUGUGGACUCUGUGACCUUCGUCUCAACCUGUGUUGUAAGAGCUCAGGUCUCUCAUGCUCUCUAUUUCUGUGUGUAUUUAUCCCCCCAACUCACACUUUCUCUUUCUUAGUCUCUCUCUCUCCUUCCUCCCCUGCCCCCUUUGAAUCUUUCAGUCUCUCUGAGUCUCAUUUUUCAAACUGCUCUUUUAGAAUGGGAAACGACUCAGAUCCUGCUGUGGCAUGGGGCCCAUGUGUCUCAGUCGCGUCUGCUGUGAAGCACACGAUGCUCUAUUUAUUGUAGAAAGUGACUUUAUUUGCUUUCUAGAAUUGUUUAUAACAGAUGGUAUAAGAGAGAUAAUAAACAGAGAAAAUCUAUGCUUGUAAAGAAAACAGAAGUUAAUUUUACCUACUAUAAUAUGACUGUCUGAAACUUAUUUUCUCUCUGAGAAAUAAAUGUUGUAAUGGGCAGCA